CUAUCGUCGUUAUAAAACCUGCGCUCCGAAUCUAGGGAGAAACACCCGACUUCCACCGGCUGUUUGUACAACGGGAAAUCCCUCUCGUACAUCUGCCGCCUUGCGCUCAGAGUCUGGAGAGAGGGUAUCGAGCCAGCAGCAGCGAUGAAUAGAAAAAGAGCGCUGAUCUCCAGCACAUUCACAGUGAAAAGACGAAAGAUUGGCACAGAAAACAAUUUUGGAGCACAAGAAAAUGGAGAACUCUCUACAAACAGAGAGGGACCUCUAGAUGUCAAGGCGUCUCUGCAGCACCUCAUGACUCUCUUUCCCCGCAAACUAUUCAACGACACACUGCCACCAAUUGUCAUGAAGCAUCAACUGUAUAGUAUACACGAUGACAAGACUCAAGUUGACCGGCAGCUGAACGAGUUGAGGGAACGCGGAGAGUUGCUGAUGUUCCAGCUCGGCUUCGAUUCUGAAACAUUCGGCCUCAUUUUCACAUCGGACUACAGGGCUAAAGUACUGGCCGGAGAAGCCGGAAGAGGGACGCUAGAUACCGUGGAGAAGUUUUUGGACAACGUGUUGUCUUGUUGUUCAGAGCUCAGCUUCAACAAAGACAUCAUGCUCAAGAAGUUUCUCUUCACGGACACGGAGAUAACACAGCUCGUGAAGUCGGGGGUGCUGACCGUGAGAGAUGCAGGCAGCUGGUGGCUUUCUAUUCCCAAUUCUGGAAGGUUCACAAAAUAUUUUAUUCGGGGGCGCAAAGCGGUGCUGGCCAUGAUCAAAAAGUCAAAAUACGGUGAAGUGUUACGGUCAGACCUGGAGAGCAGGCGGACUACAGCCCAAGUCAAAUUUGACAUGAAAUACCACAUACAUGACAUAAUUGGGGCCGACCUAGUGGAAUGCAUACCAACAACAUCGGGAACUUUACUGCGCUUCACGGAGACAUGAAAUGUCUGCAGAAUAACCCGUGGCAACAUUCCUCACGGACCCUGGGGGUGUUUUGAAUGGAGUCCUCUAAUUAUUGCUGUGUAUUAUGAAGCCUUGUUUUGUAAAUUAAAUGCUUGUACAGUU